CAAAGGACAGCAUUCUCCGGACUGCAAUGUCAAGCCACGAACAACACACAGGAAUCCACCACCAUGUCAAAGGAGGGCCCGACUGCAAAGACGAUUGUCCUGCGACAGCUCACUGCCAAGAUGAUUGUCAUAAACCCGGAGUUGGACCAGGUCAUUGCAAAGAUGAAUGUCACGAAGGGCAGAAGAAACCGCAUUGUGCAGAUGACUGUCACAAACCUGGAGUAGGAAAGGAUCACUGCAAAGAUAGCUGUCAUUAGAACACGCUACAUGUAUCCGCCGUUCAUCUAAUCGUUGUUUUUUCCCAAUCGAUCGUACAUUUGAAACUUGCAGCUUUUACGCCUUGUUCAACUGCUCUAGUUUGUCUGUAUUGCGUUUUCGAAGAACAGCUGAUAUGUCUGACGUGAAUGGUCUGCGGGCGCCUAAUUUUCCUCUGUUAUUAUCAUCACUGUAUCAGGCACCACUCGUCUUUACGUAAUCUCUCUAAAGUGUCCGAAAUUCAUGACUCUGUGUGCUCGAAUUCAAUGAUAAGUUAUUGCAAGCA